CAACACGAGCUAAACCACGCAAAUCACGGGCAGUUUGUCAAACUUGUGUGUGAAAGUUGGGAGAAUAUUUCAUUUGUUGCACAACUAUCGGCCUUGUUUUAUUCGUGAUCUCGUGAAAUUCUGUGCUUUAUCGAGGAAUACGAAACAAGUUUCAAAUAUGGAGGAUAAAACAUCAAAAACUCACGACAAAAGUGAGAUAGUUGAUGCAGAUCAAGAUAAAGUUAAAGAUAAGAAAGAUAUUGAAGAUGGACAACGCGGUUCUAGUGAGGCUACAAGCUCACAUGCCCAGCUAAAGCUACGAGAUUUGUUGAGGUUUGUGGGCGUGACGGUCAAGGAGAGCAUCUCCCGAGGGAUAGACCUCGAUGCCAGCAGAUUCCAACGUGAAACAACAGCCCAUACCGACACGCCAAAGUCGACGGAAGUUCUGAUUCUUAAAGCCCCGGGUCUGGCAUCAAAUGGGCCUUUGACUCGCGCGAACAAGAGAUUGCUGGAGUCGGCUUUGUUGUCGUGUGUCAACAGCGAGAACCAAAAUAUUUCCUUCUCCGGUGACGGGUUCCGUUUGCUGGCGAGUGUCGAGUCUCAGACCUGCACACCUGCAACGACAUCCAGCAGGCAAGGUCAAGGUCGAGGCAGACAGCCCAGCGACCUGUUAUCUCACGUUCUGACCGGCGAGGAUAAAAAUCUUGGCGCCGACAACGCCGGAUCUCCGGAAAAGGUAUACGUCAACGUGACUGACAACGAGGGGCCCAAAGAACCCGGGGAGGUCGGCCUUGAGGACGAGUGUUGCCAUGGAGACGUGGACGCCUUCCUUGACGACUCGGUGUGUAGUGGUUCCAUUGUCUCUAAGCUUGAUACACAAAGUGAAUGGGAAAUGGAGACGAGUGGACCAGCUAGUCCAGUACAAGAUAGGAAAAGUCCAUCGCUGACCAAGCUAUUUGAAGACUCUGUGGUCAACGACCCCAGUACGUUGCUAAUCCAGGACGAGGCUGAUGGGGACCGUCUCAGACGUGAUAUAUCACAAGCGCUCCAAGUGACCGACCUGAAAGUUUCCACCACGCUAGACGCCACCAAGCUGUGCAGUUCCCAGAGUUUCCGUCUGAUAUUUGUCUCCUUGGUAACGACAUCAGCUGACCAAACAGUGUCCAUUGCUGCGGCCAUUAGACAGACGUGCACAAAAAACAAAAGCGCAAGUUUCAUCGCAAUUAUAGACAAACCAACAGACGUUGACCUUCAAGCCCGGGGAUUCGAUGAUAUCUAUACUAGCCCUAUCCCGGUGGAUGAGAUCCGCCACAAAUAUCAGAAGCCUCGAUGGAUGUCAGGUGAAGGUGGUGGUUCUGAAACUUUAACACGGGAGACUGUAAACACACCCGAGUCCACAAUCAGCAUUGAAUCCAUCAGGACCACAGAAUGCAGCCAGUCCUCCAAUGUUGGAAGUGUAUCCAGUGGUCAAGAUAUCAGCGACAUCUCUUUCUCUGACUUGAAAAGUUCAUUUACACCCGCAGAAGAGAAAUCGUCAUACAUUAAUAUCAUACAGGACAGAAGCUCACCGCAAGAAGUUUCCCCACCCUCCUGGUGUAGAGCUGAACAUGCAACCAAGGAAAAACAACGAAGUUUUUGGAGUAAAUUUCCUGCUUGUACAGAAAAAAAACGCAGGGAGAGAAUUAAAGACAGUUGUGAUCAACUUCGAGUUCUCCUUCCUUACGUCAGAGGACGUAAAACUGACAUGGCAUCCAUUCUUGAGAUGACAGUUGACUACCUAAAGAUUAUCAAUGCUGCACUUCCACAGGACUUUCAGUCUCAAAUUUAUGGUCAGGUGAUUGAGAUAAUGAGCAACAGCAACCCACUGCUGGAGUCAAGGAAUGAAACUGCAAAAAAAAUAAACAUGUCUCGUAAAAAACUCUCCAGACGCAAGUCUCAAGGCCUUGACUUAUCACCACUAGGGAAACCUCUGCACAUUGUAGACAAAAAAUCAGAAGCUCCUGUUUUAACACUAGCUAGCUGUGAACAAAAUGUUAACAGUCAAGUGAGAGUCAGGCCAAGUUCACAAAAUUUGAAAGACAAUGCAAGUAUUGCAAGUAGCUUCAUAGGCCAUACACUGGAUAUGAAGACAAUGAAUGGAUUAUAUAACAGCUCUAAGCAGCAGAAAAAUGCUGUAUCUAGCUUUACAUCUGGAAAUUCACUACCUAAGAGAGAAUGUAUAAUGUCAACACAUUCUGAAACCUGCCCCAAACCAAAAAGGCUGCAGAUGGAUAUUACAAAAGGGGCAGAAAAUACACAGGCCACUCCACUGUAUGCCACUUCUGGUGGAUGCAUAGCACCAAGAGAAACCAAAAAAGAAAUAAUUCAAGAUGAAAUCAUCACACACACUAUUCCACUCACUGGCUUCCAAAUUCAAAGCAUGCUGACAGAUGGAGAUAUUUCAGCCAAUCGCAUGUUCUCUACUGGCCACGUUGCUAACUCUGAUCUCUACCAAUAUCAAUCACAGAUCAGCUCAUUGGCCACCAGCCGCAUGAACCAUUCAGAGCAUGAAAUGGGUCCCUACAGUGGAAUGUAUUUUGAUGGUGCCUACUACCACUACUACCCUUCAGUUCAGGAUACCAAUGCCAAUGCCUUCUGCUUCCCUGGUCUGGCUAAUGAGUAUGUGAACCCAAAUGCUGUUGUACCCAUGACCUCGUUCAAUCCUAGAAACACUUUUUCAUCCAGCCACAAAAUAGAAGCAAGACCAUCUUCAGAAGUUAAUAGAUUCCAUGUUAAUGAAAAUUUGGAUUUGUUCAACUGCAAUUUGUUACCAAACAAUUUAAAGUCCAAUCAUUUGUCUUGAUGAAUUUCCAUGAACUGUUAUGCUUAGAAACUGAGACAAGGAAGUUUCUUAGCUUUGUUUUGUAAAUAGUUUAAAUACAGCUCCUCUGAUUUAAUAUACUUCAAUGGGAGACACAAGAAGUGUCUUCAAAAUUAUCAGAUAUUUUAUGUGAUAUCAGAGCCAUCAGGUAUUAUGAUGUAGAAAAGUGUACGCUAAGAUAAAGUGGGGGAUUUUACUAUGGUGAAGUGUAUACGAAAAUAAAUAAACUGUUGAAGACUUUCAUCAUACUGAAACAAAUUCACAGCAAUGACAAGUGGUCUUGUUACUUUGUCAGUGGCUGAGGGUUCUUCUAAGUUUUAAGAAAAUAAAAUUGUAGCUUAAAAUCUUUAGGGGUAUUUAAGAAUUUAAAAAAAAAAGAGUUGAUAAUUAGAGUUAUUUGUCUGUAUAUUUAAGGGAAUUAACUCUUGUUGAAGUCUUGUCAUAUUUUACACUAACUUCAAAAAUGAAAACUCUUUUCUUAACUCAGCCUGCUGAUAAAUUGUAUGUUUUUUUAGUGAUAAAUAAGAAUACUAGAAUAAUGAUUCUAGGUAAUAGUCUUCUUAUUUAAGUUUUGAUUUGUUAUUU